ACUACGCCAUGGAAACGUACUGAACUGACAUGUGCGUGCUCCUGCUUUACAAUUGGGUGCAAGACGAUUCUUGCUGCUGGUCUCGUUUCUAUCAUUCCUCCUUUCCUGCCCUGGGCUUCGCGCUUUCGCCCGUCGAUCUGUUUCCCAACUCCCCUGCCAUGCGCAUGGAGCAACGCGCGCCUCACAACACGUCCCGAUUUUAGUAGACUGUCGCUGCGUUCAAAGCGCGCGUCGCACACCGAGAGAGAAGCGCGCGCCGUAACGCCGUCACACCGUAACGCCGUAACGCCGUAACGCCUUAACCCCGCAGCGCCAAGAUGCUGGCGGCGUUCGCGGCGGCGCUGGUCUUCUUCCACACCUCCGAGUUCCUCCUCGCGCUCUGGACCACGGGCAAGGCCGACAUGCGAUCCUUCCUGUUCUCGAGGGAGUAUCUCCUCGCCAUGGCAGCAUCGCUCGCCGAGUACGCACUGGAAUGGACUCUCUGUCCGCAACUCAAGCAGCAGUUCUGGCCCGUGGGCUGGGCGGGGCUGGCGCUGGUGGUGGCGGGGGAGGCAGUGCGCAAGGGAGCGAUGGUGACUGCGGGGACGAGCUUCACGCAUGACAUUCAGAGGGAGAAGAGGAGAGAGCACCGCCUGGUCACAAAUGGGCUGUACAGGUGGGUGCGGCACCCUGGCUACAUGGGGUGGUUCAUCUGGAGCAUCGCCACUCAGCUGCUCCUAGUCAACCCCCUCUGCACCCUCGCCUUCGCGGUCGUCUCCUGGCGCUUCUUUGCCGUGCGCAUACCCUACGAGGAGUUUUACCUGCACCAGUUCUUUGGCCUCGACUACGCGCGAUACGCUGCUUCAGUGCCAUCGGGCAUUCCCUUCGUCUCGUGACGCCAAGCCUCUGCCCCCAUUCCUUUCCUGGGGAGCAUAUAGCGGCACAAGCAAGUCGCCCGGCCAUGAGCAAAUAAGCACGUGCGAAUAGCAGUGUCGGGAUGCGUGUAGCAGGACGAGCGAUGCUGUCCAUCAGUCGCGACCAGCAACGGGUUGACCUUCGCAACUCGAGGCGUCUCUAUGAGAUGUGUGUAGCAGCACACACGUGCCAUGCAACAGUCGUGCGCAUCAGUGCAUGUAGCUACGUGCACCGUGAUAUGGCAAGGCAAAUUGCCCAUGCUCCACUUCGUCGGAUACGAAUAAGAAAAUCCAUAAGCAUUGGGUUUUUUUAUUGAUGCUUCUUGCACGUGAAACACCUUGACUUAAUGCCUUCUUUUAUCCAUAUAGUUGAUAAGGUUAGGGUUGCCAUUAUACCGUUU